AUGUAUGCCUUCAAACCGUUUGUGUUAACGGAAUGCGACAGUCCAAGUGAAACUAAACCGACACCCAGAACAUUUCCGACGAUAUUUUGCAAUGAAAAAUAUCUGUACUCAUUCAGCGGGUACAAGUAUACGUUAAAUAGAUACACCGCCACUGAUUAUGACGACGCGAGAAUAAUUAAAGAAAUUUGGAAAUACAAUUUGGCAACAAGGAAAUGGAGCUGCUUACCAGAGCAGCGAUUUUUGCCCAGCAACAACGAAAUAAUUCUCGGCAUGACAUUCAAAUCAGACAGACUUAUCGUAAUUUCUUGGAACAAGUGCCAGUCAAAAGGUUACCUGUACACUCACAAUUUAAAAAACGAACACGAGGUAGAAAAAAUGACCACCAAGGGCCCACUGCCCAAGCGAUUCUUCUCCCAUAAUUUUAUAAGCCACGGGUCUUAUUUGUACACCAUCGGGAAUGAUCGUGGGUUGGGAGUCUUCAGGAUAGACCCGGAGACUGGGAUAUGGGAAAAGUUGUCUCCGGAAAAUGGCGAUGACUUCCCUGGGUAUUAUGAUGACAUCGAGCUGGCUUAUGAUGGCAUCAAAAUUUAUGUGAUAUUUGUAAAAAUACGAGGGGAAAAAAUCCGCGAACUCAAGACAAUACAGGCCUAUGACAUUGAACAGAAUCGCUGGUAUAUUUUGGACACCACUGGAGAUCCUGAUAAUGAGAAACUCUUUCCUGAUAUCAGGAUUAAUUUUGGAAUCGCUCAUAUCGUAGAUCUGGAAAGGAGAGACACAAAUAUUGUUAUUUCUGGAGGAACGAUGGACAAGAGAAUUUAUAAUGACAUUUGGCGGCUGAGUUUAUCUACUCUGCAGUGGACUUGUCUGAAUAAAUUUGGGUCCAUUCUACCCCAAGCUAUUUGCGAGCACGACGCGACCACUUCCCUUGAUGGCAAGAUGUACGUUUUCGGUGGAAGGACCAAGAAAAAAAAUAACAGAUUAAGUGAAGUAAAUAAUCUUUACUCCACUUGGUUGCGGAUACCAAAACUCGCGGACAUCUGCUGGGAAGCUGUUAAUUUUUAUUACAGAGAUUUAAAUUCAAAAACUGACGAAGAAUUGUUUGAACUCGGAUUGCCUAUUAAAUUUGUGAAGUCUAGAUGCCAGUGA